AUGUGUGGAAAAAAAGUGCAGCAGCUUGAGGAUUUUUUUUAUGGAUUCAUCAACAAUUGUUUGAAGUCUCUGGUGAUUGACAGAUUUGGAGAAGAGAUGUGGGACAAACUCAGGGAUGCAGCGAAGGUUCAGGACACCUUUAUGACUUAUGAAGUGUACUCGGAUAAUAUCACCAUGCAGUUAGUGACUGAGACCUGCAAAAUGCUUGACCUUGACCAAAGCGUGGUGCUGAGUCUAUUUGGAGAAUACUUCUUUGAGUUCUGCAAAACGGCUGGAUAUGAUCGGAUGCUGCGCACCCUUGGAGGAAAUCUGUUUGAGUUCAUGGAGAAUCUGGACGCUCUGCACAGCUUCCUCUCUCUUUCCUACAAGGAGAUGAAUGCGCCAUCAUUCCGUGUAGAAAAAAACAACGACAGCACUUUGCUGUUACACUACUAUUCAGACCGACGAGGUCUUUGUCAUAUUGUCCCUGGUAUCAUUGGAUCUGUGGCCAAAGACUUUUUCAACAGCAAGAUAAUGAUGGAAAUUGUAAACCAAACAGAGGAAGUAGAGAGAGUGGGUGAAAAGGAGCAUAUCGUUUUCCUUAUCACACAGAGUCCAGUAGACAAAGUAUGUAAAAGUUUGAGGGAAUUUGAGGCUGUUUACCCAGAUAAUCUUUGCAUCGAUUUGAAGACAUUUUGCAAUGCCUUUCCUUUCCACAUUGUGUUUGAUGAAGACCUGCAGGUUAGACAGACAGGGGUAAGUAUUCAGAGAAUUGUGCCAGGACUGCAGACCAGGUGCUACCAGCUGGAUCAGUAUUUCACCAUCCAGCAUCCGCAGGUGGCUUUCAAGACUUGCAGCAUCCGCAAAUACAUUAACAGCCAUUUUGUUUUGCGGACACGUGGAGAUAUAAUGCCUAUGGCUUGGAAAGAGAGGCCCAUGCUAGAACUGAGAGGACAAAUGAUUUGGAUGCCUCCACUGCAUUGCAUGCUGUACCUCGCUUCGCCAUUGCUCCGCAGCCUGCAGGAGCUGGAGGAUCACCGCAUGUAUCUGUCUGACAUUGCUCCACAUGACGCUACACGAGACCUGAUCCUGCUGAACCAACAGCGGCUGGCAGAGAUGGAGCUCUCCAACCAACUGGAGUUCAAGAAAGAAGAGCUGCAUCGUCUCUCGAAACACCUCGAGGAGGAAAAGCUGAAGACGGAGAAUUUACUGUACGCCAUGCUGCCCAAACACGUGGCCAACCAGCUGAAAGAGGGCAAGAGAGUGGAGGCAGGUGAGUUUAAAGAGUGCACCAUCCUCUUCAGUGAUGUGGUGUCCUUUACCAACAUCUGCUCCGAGUGUGAACCCAUCCAGAUUGUUUCCAUGCUCAAUUCUAUGUACCUGAGGUUCGACCGACUUACUACUGUACACAAUGUUUACAAGGUUGAAACCAUUGGCGAUGCUUACAUGGUUGUCGGUGGACUUCCGAUCCCGAUGUCGAGUCACACUGAGCGUGUGGCUAACUUCGCCUUGGGCAUGAUCAUAGCUGCAAAAGAGGUCACCAACCCUGUGACUGCUGGCCCUAUUCAGAUCCGGGUGGGCUUGCACAGCGGGCCAGUGUUGGCAGGGGUGGUUGGAGAAAAGAUGCCUCGUUACUGUUUGUUUGGAGACACAGUUAACACAGCAUCCCGAAUGGAGAGUCACGGCCUGCCAAACAAAAUCCACCUCAGCUCCAGUGUUUAUCAAUCUCUUAAGUUUAAAGGCUACCAGAUCACGGAGCGGGGAGAGAUAGCCAUUAAAGGUAAAGGAAGAAUGCAGACCUACUUCCUCCAGAGGAAUCUAAAAGUCUCAGAGAGUGAGAUCAUGGGGUUUUCCAUGCACAAGAGCAGGAUUUGCUCUCAUUCUCCUGCAGACUGUGCUUCACAGCAUCCUCACUGUACGCCAGCAGUAAAAGGUAAACCACAGGAUUAUGAGAGUCUUUACAGUGAUACAAGCUCUUUGGACGAACCUUCAGACAAAGGAACAAAGGAGAUAACGUCCAGCAAGACUGAGAAUAAGAACUCCUCGACUGAUAAUCCCAACAGACGUGUGAAAAGGAAACCAAAACCUAAAGGAAAUGAACUGUCAACUCCUGAGAAGAACUUAAAGUCGGCAUGA